AUGCCUUCCAGUGUUGCGUCCCACUCGCAUAGGAGUACUACGAAAGUAUCCCACAAGCCGUUUAAAUCUCGGAAAGCGACCAAGGGCGCAUUGAAGGAACUCUCCAAAGGCAAGGUCGCAGACUUGAGCCAUCGGAAAACUCCUCACCAGCAGCUCAUGUCCAAGUUUGAUCGACGAAACCAAGCACGGCAGAAGCAGCAAGCGAAACACAAGGAGCAUCUGAGGGAGACGAGUAUUUUCGCUGGCCGUGAUGGAGCACCGAGAAUAGUGGCUGUCAUCCCUCUGUGUGAGGAUGUAGAUGCGGCGGCGGCUGUGCGACUUUUGAGCGGUAGUCUGGACAUCGACGCGGAGAUCCCAGAAGAAGGCACCGUCCGCACCGAUGUCGACCGAUUCAAGCAGAAGAUUCAGUAUGUGGUAGCUAAACGAGAUCUUAUGGCCUGCUUGGAUGCAGGAAGAGUGGCCGACUUCGUCAUAUUCAUUUUGUCGCCGGACAAGGAAGUUGAUCCUUUGGGGGAGCUGAUCAUACGAAGUAUCGAGGGACAAGGCUUGUCAACAAUGUUGACGGUUGUUCAAGGUUUAGAUAAGAUCGAACCUGUGAAGAAACGGUCUCAAGUUCUUUCAUCACUCAAAUCCUACAUUCAACACUUUCAUCCGGAGCAAGAGAAGGUUCACAAUUUGGAUUCCAGGCAGGAAUGCGCGAAUCUCAUGCGUUCACUAUGCACACUUACCCCGAAAGGCGUUCGCUGGCGAGAGGAUAGAAGCUGGAUGCUGGUUGAUGAAGUACAAUGGCCCGCGAACGAGCAAGAGAAUGUUAUUCUGACCGGGAUCGUCAGGGGCAAGGGAUUGAAGGCAGAUAGAUUGGUUCAGGUUGGAGAUUGGGGCGAUUUCCAAAUUGAGAAAAUCACGGCCGCUCCACUAGUCUCAGAGAGGAGGAAGACAGAAGGAAUGGCGGUUGACGACGGAGAGAAAAUACUAGAUACCCCCACGGAGGAGCAGGACGAUCUUGCGGAACUCGCUCCCGAAGAAAUCAUGAUGGAUGACGAUAUGGAUGCCACAAUGUCAGUGGCCACGACUGAAAAACGUGGAGUGCUUCUAGAUGAUCAUCACUACUUUUCAGACGAUGAAACGCAUCUGCCUCCCCCACCAAAAAGACUACCCAAGGGAACAUCAGCAUAUCAAGCUGCAUGGUAUCUAGGAGACGAGUUCUCCGAUUCUGGAUCGGAUUUCGAGGAUGUUGAGCCAAGCAGCAUGGCCAUGGAUACACCGGCUCUGCCGCAAGAUGGUAUUGAAGGGUUCGCUCCUCGAGAACCUACCGAGGCUGCGCCUUCAGAGUAUCCACAGUCAGAGAUGUUUUUAGAUCCCACUCCAGACGACGAAGCGGAGGCAGAGCAGCUCGCGGCGUUCAGAGGACGUAAGAGGGACGAAGCCGAGGAGGACCGCGAGUUUCCAGACGAGAUUGAGCUUCACCCGCAUGUCCUAGCACGGGAGAGACUGGCAAGAUAUCGGGGACUGAAGAGUCUUCGGACCAGCCCUUGGGAGGAGGCGGAAGACAGAGCCCACGAACCAGAAGACUGGAGACGAUUGCUCCAGGUCCCGAACUACAAGUCGGCGAGGAGUCAAGUCACUCGCGAGGCUUUGGUUGGGGGUGUGGCGCCUGGAACCCGGGUUCAUGUUUAUCUCCGAAACGUCCCCACGUCCCUUCAAUCGACAUACAAUCCCGCGCAUCCCCUAACCCUCUUCUCCCUGCUCCGCCACGAGCACAAGCGUGCAGUCGUCAACUUCGACCUGACUCUCAGCUCGGACUACCCAGCACCGAUCAAGUCGAAGACAGAGCUGAUCGUCCAAUGCGGACCGCGCCGGUUUGUCAUCAACCCGCUCUUCUCCCAAGGGGGCAACACCCCCAACGACGUGCACAAAUUCGACCGCUUCCUGCACCCCGGUGGUUCUGCCGUCGCGUCCUUCAUUGCUCCUCUCACCUGGGGCUCUGUGCCCACUCUCUUCUUCAAGCGCACUAGUCCCGAUGAGUCGACAGACGACGACCCCGACGCAGCGAAGCUCCCCCUGACCCUCGUCGGCACAGGCACAUCACUGCCGCCAUCCUCGCAGCGCGUCAUCGCCAAACGCAUCAUCUUGACGGGUCACCCGUACAAGAUCCACAAGAAGCUCGUGACGAUCCGGUACAUGUUCUUCAACCGCGAGGACGUGGAGUGGUUCAAGGCCCUGCAGCUGUGGACGAAGAGGGGCCGGAGCGGCUUCAUCAAGGAGAGUCUGGGCACGCACGGCUACUUCAAGGCGACGUUCGACGGGAAGAUCAACCCGCAGGAUUCGAUCGGCGUCAGUCUGUACAAGCGCAUGUGGCCGCGGAACGCGAGGGCGUGGAACCCGGCUGUGGAGUUGAAGGGGGAGGCGAAAGAGGAGGCACAGGAUGUGGAGAUGGAGGUGGAGGGCGGCGGCGUUGUGGUGUAG